AUGAGACUUCUAGCCAUUGAUGCCGAGCGUCACGCGGCUCAAAGAGCUGCUGCGACCUUUCAACAGUCCCAAGCUCGCCAAAUCAUUGAUGCCGAGCGUCACGCGGCUCAAAGAGCUGCUGCGACCUCUCAACAGUCCCAAGCUCGCCAAAUCAUUGAUGCCGAGCGUCACGCGGAUCAAAGAGCUGCUGAGACUUCUCAACAGACCCAAGCUCGCCAAAUCUUAGAUGCUGAGCAUCAAGCUUCGUACAUAGCCGCAGAGACCUCCGAAGAAACACGUAGACGACGUUUAAUUAAUGCCGAGCGGCAAAGGAGACGUACGUUUACGAUGAAUACGUGGGAGGCAUUUGCCGAUGCUGCUUUUAACUAUGAUCUGUUACUUGAUUACUUUAAUCAUCGAUUAGUCCUCAUAGAUAGAAUGGUCAAUAAAUGCAGACACUGUGAGGCACUCAAGUGGAAGGAAGAGACCCUAGCCAGGGUUGCGGGUAAAAAUCGCAAUGAUGUACAGCUCUCACCAAACUUUGUGGCCGCCCUGAAUAUGGUCGCGAGUCCGAACUUGCGCAUGGUACAGUCCAAUGGGCAAUACGUAAUCAACCAAUAUUAG